AUGUCUCUUCUCCCGGCGCUGAUUUUCCUCCAUGGACUGGGAGACGACGGGCGUGGAUGGGCCGAAACUUUCCAGAACGUCGUUCCACCCUACUGUAAAAUCAUCUGCCCCAAUGCAAAGGUAAUGCCUGUCAGCCUAAACUUUGGGAUGGAAAUGCCUGCCUGGUAUGACCUCUAUGGUCUCGAUGCGGACGCCAGGCAAGAUGAACCCGGUAUCGUCUCAGCCUCCAAGGAGCUUGCGAAGUGGAUUGCUGCCGAGAACCAGGCGGGCAUUCCGAGCGAGCGAAUCGUGAUAGGUGGUUUUUCUCAGGGCGGCAGUGUUUCGCUCUACUACGGCGCCACCAACAGAGACAAGAAACUGGGCGGUCUCGUGGCUCUCAGCUGUUGGCUUCCUCUUCACGAAAAAGUCAUUCAAGACACAAGUUCCGCGGCUACGAGCUGUUCCGUUCCGAUUCUCCAGUGCCACGGACAAAGCGAUCCCUUGGUCGCCUACGAUUUGGGCUCGCAGACCAACUCGGUGCUCAGGAAACUCGGCUUCUGCAAUUGCACCUUAAAGAGCUAUCCUGGCAUGGGUCAUUGCUCCGGCGACCGCGAAAUCCGUGAUGUGAAAUCGUUUUUGGAGACCUGUUUGCCGUCAACCGCUGAAUAG